ACUUUCGAAAUCGCAUUACCAUCCAAAUUAGAAUACUACUAUAACGUAUAACCUCUUGAAAUUAUUUUUGCAAACUCUUUUUGACAAAUAUAUACAACCACACUCCCUAAAAAAACCGUCACACGCAACUUUAAUUAUUCUUUUAAUUAAAGAAUUAAUUAAUAUACACAUUUACCCCCAAAUGGUAUUACUACAAAGUCUACAAUAAUCCCCAACAGUCAACACCUUUGAAACCCUCUCAUUUUACACCAUCUUCAAUUUCAAUCCACCACCACAACCGCCGGCCCUCAGCCGCUGCCGGCCGACCUCCACCACUUCCCCCACCAAUCAAAUUAAAUCUAUGAAUUGAUAGCCUCCUGUCCAUAAUAUAUUACAUCAAUUCACUUUCAAACCACCACCCUCCAUGCUGCCCACCACCGCCGCCCCUCCGGCCGACCACCACCACCACCACCACCCCUCAAAGAAAUCCAAGCUCAAAACCACCUUCCACACCGUGAAAUCCAACAUCUCCGCCCACCACUGUGCAUGGCUAACACUGACCAUCCUCCUCCAGCUCCUCAUCAUCCUCUUCCUCAACCGCGCCUCUCCCCCGCCCCCUCUCCCCUCCUCCGCCCACCGCCGCCACUUCGAAUCUGCGGCACCUCAUCCUCCCCUACGCGAUGAAGCCUGCAAACACGGCAGGAUUUACGUUUACGACCUCCCCUCCAUGCUCAACAGAGACCUCCUCCAAAACUGCCACGAUCUCGACCCGUGGAGCUCCCGCUGCAACGCCGUUUCCAACGGCGGCCUCGGCCCCACCGCCACCGGCCUCGACGCCCUCGUGCCGCGGAACCUCUCCGCCGCCUGGUAUUGGACGGACAUGUACGCCGCCGAGGUCAUCUACCACGACCGGGUCAACAACUACCGAUGCACCACGUCCAACCCCGCCGAAGCUACCGCCUUCUACAUCCCCUUCUACGCCGGCCUCGCCGUCGGGAAAUACCUCUGGUUCAACUACACGUCCAAAGAUCGCGAUUUCCACGCCGCCGCCAUGCUCGACUGGGUGAAAAACCAACCGCCAUGGCGGCGCUCAAACGGGUCGGAUCACUUCCUGAUGUUCGGGCGGCUGACGUGGGAUUUCCGGCGGCUUACCGACGACGACGGCGAGUGGGGCACGCGCUUCAUCUACAUGCCGCUGAUGAAGAACGUGUUCCGCCUCACGGUCGAGAAGAGCCGGUGGGACGAGCUCGAGUUGAGCGUGCCGUACCCGACGGCGUUCCACCCGAGAUCCGAAUCCGAUAUCCGGCAAUGGCAGGGGUUGAUCCGGGGCAGGAAAAGAUCCAGCCUGUUUACGUUUGUGGGGGCGACCCGGAAGAAGAUCCGGAACGACUUCCGGGGCGUGCUGAUGGGGUAUUGCAAGAACGAGACGAGGUCGUGUCGGGUCGUGGAUUGCUCCGAAACGCAGUGCUACGAUGGAGCCCCGGCCAUACUGGAGGCUUUUUUAGAUUCGGAUUUUUGCUUGCAACCGAAAGGAGACGGGUUCACCCGGAGAUCCGCAUUCGAUUGCAUGCUGGCCGGUUCAAUCCCGGUUUAUUUCUGGAGCGGGAGCUUCGAGCAUCAAUAUGAGUGGCAUCUGCCUAAAGAUGCCUCAAAAUACUCGGUAUUUUUGGAUCACAAUAUUGUUAGGAAUGAUACAUCGCUUAUUAAACGAACCCUAGAGAAAUUUAGCAAAGAGGAGGUGGUGAGAAUGAGAGAGACUAUCAUUCAGUUUUUGCCAAAAUUGUUGUAUUCCAAGUCCAAUGCCAAUCUCGGUGGAAUUAGCGACGCCUUCGACAUUACCAUGGAACAAGUCUUGAAAAGAUUUGAGCAACACAGAAUAUUAAUGGCGGUUUGAGGUUAGAUUAUUUUAUUUCAUACAUUUUAUUUUUGCAUCACUAUUGUUAUACUUAUAGCUUCUUGUAUAGUUAUCGACAAUUUCAGGAAUAAUUAUACUUGAUCACAUUUUUUGGUUCAUUCGUAUUAGCAUAUACCCAAAAUGUAAUCUUUCAAGACUAGAAUUUUGAAUUAUAGAGGAGAGAGAAUGAGCAUUUCUCUUUGUCUA